CUUCUCCGCCUUCGUCGUCUCCGCCGCCGCCGCCAUGGCGCCGCUGCUGGGCCGCAAGCCCUUCCCGCUGGUGAAGCCGCCGCCCGGGGAGGAACGGCUCUUCACCAUCGCGCACACGCAGGAGGCCUUCCGCACCCGGGAAGAGUACGAAGCCCGCUUGGAAAGGUACAGUGAGCGCAUUUGGACAUGUAAAAGCACCGGAAGCAGCCAGCUAACACACAAGGAGGCCUGGGAAGAGGAGCAAGAAGUGGCUGAACUUUUGAAGGAGGAGUUCCCCACCUGGUAUGAAAAACUUGUUCUGGAAAUGGUUCACCAUAAUACUGCCUCGUUGGAAAAGUUAGUGGAUUCUGCCUGGUUGGAGAUCAUGACCAAAUAUGCUGUGGGAGAAGAGUGUGAUUUUGAGGUUGGGAAGGAAAAAAUGCUCAAGGUGCGGAUUGUGAAAAUUCAUCCGUUGGAGAAAGCAGACGAAGAGGCCGCAGAAAAGAAAUCCGAUGGGGCCUGUGACUCCCCCUCCAGUGACAAAGAGAAUUCCAGUCAGAUUGCUCAGGACCAUCAGAAGGAAGCAGUUGUCAAGGACGAAGAAGGAAGGAGAGACAGUAUUAAUGACAGAGCACGGAGAUCGCCCCGAAAACUUCCAACUUCAUUGAAAAAGGGAGAAAGGAAAUGGGCUCCUCCAAAAUUCCUGCCUCACAAAUAUGAUGUGAAACUGCAGCACGAAGACAAGAUCAUCAGUAAUGUGCCAGCAGACAGCUUGGUUCGCACAGAACGGCCACCAAAUAAAGAGAUUCUUCGGUACUUUAUCCGGCAUAAUGCACUAAGGGCUGGAACCGGGGAAAAUGCACCCUGGGUAGUAGAGGAUGAAUUGGUGAAGAAAUAUUCCCUGCCUAGCAAGUUUAGUGACUUUUUGCUUGAUCCGUACAAGUACAUGACUCUCAACCCUUCUGCUAAGAGGAAGAACACCAGCUCCCCAGACAGAAAGCCCACAAAGAAGUCCAAGACAGACAGCGCUUCCCUGAGCUCCCCUCUAAACCCAAAGCUCUGGUGUCACGUGCACUUGAAGAAAUCUUUGACGAGUUCCCCCCUCAAAGUGAAGAACUCGAAGAACUCCAAGUCCCCAGAAGAGCACCUGGAGGAGGUGAUGAAGAUGAUGACUCCCAGCAAGCUGCAUACCACCUUCCACAUUUCUAAGAAGGGCCCGUCUGCUAAGAAGCCGGGCAAGCCUGGUGAUAAACCUCUGAAGGCCAAAGGCAGGGGCAAAGGAAUCCUGAAUGGGCAGAAGUCCACAGGCAGCGCCAAGUCACCCAAAAAGGGUCUGAAGACCCCCAAAACCAAAAUGAAGCAGAUGACGCUGUUAGACAUGGCCAAAGGCACUUCGAAGAUGACCCGAUCCCCUCGCAACUCAGGUGGUGCGCCUCGGUCCUCUUCUAAGCCUCAUAAGCACCUGCCUCCCGCCGCCCUCCACCUUAUUGCCUACUACAAAGAGAACAAAGACCGGGAGGACAAGAAGAGCGCCCUGUCCUGUGUCAUCUCCAAGACUGCACGCCUGCUCUCCAGCGAGGACCGGGCUCGGCUCCCUGAGGAGCUCCGAAGCCUUGUGCAGAAGCGCUAUGAGCUGCUGGAGCACAAGAAAAAGUGGGCGUCCAUGUCUGAAGAGCAGCGUAAGGAGUACCUGAAAAAGAAACGGGAGGAGCUGAAAGAGAGGCUGAAGGAGAAAGCCAAGGAGCGGCGGGAGCGGGAGAUGCUAGAGAGGCUGGAGAAACAGAAGCGCUAUGAGGACCAUGAACUGGCUGGCAGGAACCUCCCUGCAUUCCGCUUGGUGGACACCCCAGAGGGGCUGCCAAACGCUCUCUUCGGGGAUGUGGCCAUGGUGGUGGAGUUCCUGAGCUGCUACUCAGGGCUACUCCUGCCUGACGCACAGUACCCCAUCACGGCUGUGUCCCUCAUGGAGGCCCUGAGUGCGGAAAAGGGGGGGUUCCUCUACCUGAACCGGGUGCUGGUCAUCCUGCUCCAGACCUUGCUCCAGGAUGAGAUCGCCGAGGACUAUGGUGAACUGGGCAUGAAGCUCUCGGAAAUCCCACUCACCCUGCACUCGGUCUCUGAGCUGGUGCGUCUCUGCCUCCGCCGAUCCGACGUGCAGGAAGAGAGUGAGGCUUCUGAUCCGGAGGACAACAAAGACUCGGCCUCCUUUGAAGACAAUGAGGUCCAGGACGAGUUCCUGGAGAAGCUGGAGACAGCAGAGUUCUUUGAGCUGAGCUCAGGAGAGAAGCUGCAGAUCCUGACAGCGCUGUGCCACCGCAUCCUCAUGACCUACUCGGUGCAGGAGCACAUGGAGACACGGCAGCAGCUGUCGGCCGAGCUGUGGAAGGAGCGGCUGGCGGUGCUGAAGGAAGAGAAUGACAAAAAGCGUGCCGAGAAGCAGAAACGCAAAGAAAUGGAGGCCCGGAACAAGAAUGGCAAGGAGGAUAAUGGGUUAGCCAAGGCUGAGAGGAAGAAGGACAUGGUCAAGUUCGAACCCCAUGCAGACGUGGAGGCUGAUGACAUGGUGAGCGCUGUGAAGAGCCGGCGGCUGCUCGCUAUCCAGGCCAAGAAGGAACGGGAACUCCACGAGCGGGAGAUGAAAGUGAAACUUGAGCGUGAAGCUGAAGAGGAGCGAGUCCGAAAACACAAAGCUGCAGCUGAGAAAGCUUUCCAGGAAGGCAUUGCCAAGGCAAAACUGGUCAUGCGCAGAACUCCUAUUGGUACAGACCGGAACCACAACAGGUACUGGCUGUUCUCCGAUGAGGUUCCAGGCUUGUUUAUCGAGAAAGGCUGGGUGCACGACAGCAUCGACUAUCGGGUCAGCCAUCGCCGCAGAGACCGCACAGACUCACAGGAUGAGAGCCACUGUCCCCGAAGUAAGAAAGCAAACUUCAGCAAAACUAUAGUAAACAUGAACGCACAGCACGGAUCAGAAGUGUCAGUAGAGACCACUGUGCCCAAGCAGGGACAGAAUCUAUGGUUCUUGUGUGAUAGUCAGAAGGAACUGGAUGAGUUGCUGAAUUGCCUUCACCCUCAGGGAAUCCGAGAAAGUCAGCUGAAAGAGAGACUGGAAAAGCGGUACCAGGACAUUAUUCAUUCUAUUCAUCUGGCUCGAAAGCCCAAUUUGGGUCUCAAAUCUUGUGAUGGCAACCAGGAACUCCUAAACUUCCUUCGAAGUGAUCUCAUUGAAGUUGCAACUCGAUUACAGAAGGGGGGACUCGGUUAUGUGGAAGAAACCACUGAUUUUGAAGCCCGGGUCAUCUCAUUAGAGAAAUUAAAGGAUUUUGGUGAGUGCGUGAUUGCUCUUCAAGCUAGUGUUAUAAAGAAAUUUCUCCAAGGCUUCAUGGCUCCCAAGCAAAAGAGAAGAAAACUCCAAAGUGAAGAUUCCAUAAAAACUGAAGAGGUGGAUGAAGAGAAAAAAAUGGCAGAGGAAGCCAAGGUGGCAUCUGCGCUUGAGAAGUGGAAGGCAGCGAUCCGAGAGGCUCAGACCUUCUCCAGGAUGCAUGUUCUCCUGGGUAUGCUUGACGCCUGUAUCAAGUGGGAUAUGUCAGCAGAAAACGCAAGAUGCAAAGUGUGUCGGAAGAAAGGGGAGGACGACAAGCUGAUCCUGUGUGACGAGUGUAACAAAGCCUUCCACCUGUUCUGCCUGCGGCCUGCCCUCUAUGAAGUGCCAGAUGGUGAAUGGCAGUGCCCAGCCUGCCAGCCUGCGACUGCCAGGCGCAAUUCUCGAGGCAGGAAUUACACUGAGGAGUCCGCCUCUGAGGACAGCGAAGAGAAUGAGAGUGAUGAGGAGGAAGAGGAAGAGGAAGAAGAGGAGGAGGAGGAGGAGGAAGAUUACGAGGUGGCCGGUUUGCGAUUGAGACCCCGAAAGGCCAUCCGGGGCAAGCAGGGGGGCAUCCCCCCUGCGACCAGACCAGGCCGGCGGCCAGGGAAGAAGCCACAUCCUGCCCGGAGGAACCGACCAAAAGCUCCGCCUGCUGAUGAUGUUGAGGUCGAAGAGCUGAUGCUGCAGAACAAGCGGAGCUCCCGGCGGCAAACCCAGGAUCUACAGAAGUGUGAGGAGAUCCUGCACAAGAUCAUCAAGUACCGCUUCAGCUGGCCCUUUCGGGAGCCUGUGACUCAGGACGAGGCGGAGGACUACUACGACAUCGUCACGCACCCCAUGGACUUCCAGACAAUGCAGAACAAGUGCUCCUGUGGGAACUACCGCUCGGUGCAGGAGUUUCUCAGCGACAUGAAGCAAGUAUUUGCCAAUGCCGAGCUCUACAACUGCCGUGGCAGCCACGUGCUCAGUUGCAUGGCCAAGACCGAACAGUGCCUAGGGGUACUUCUGCGCAAGCACCUGCCUGGACACCCCUACGUGCGCCGGAAACGCAAGAAGUUCCCCGAGCGCCCCACUGAGGAUGACAUGGACUGUGAGCUGGAGCCUGCUGGACAGUCCCGGGGCCGGAGGCUGAGGAAGUAGGCAGAGAGGGUCCCGGCGAGGGAGCUGAAGUCGGGGAUAGAGUGGGAGAGCCGGGAGGGUGGGGGAGCCACAAGGAAGGGAGGAGAACACAGGCGCCCAGCAGAGCCUGCACCCCAGGGUUUCCUUCAGCCUCCCAUGGAUGCACCAAGACAGCCCGACGGGACUUGGUGUGUCUACCCAGAUGGAGCAGGCACAGAGCAUUGGCUGUACUGAGCCUUCUCAGCGUUUCCAGGAAAGAGUCAAGGGGGACUUUUCUUGUGACCCUAGGUCCUUUUCCUUUCUUUGUCCCUAAGCUCCCCUAACCCCCUAUGGGCCUUUGCAUCAGUGCCAAGCCCCUGGUGUCCAGGGGGUUUCUGUAUGCCAUAGCAGGGGCCCGGGGUAGCUCUCCUUUCAGAAGGCCAGCAUGGGCCUACCCUCUGGGUGCCAUGUCCAUGCGUGCCACACAGAAUUCCGUGUUCACCAGCAUCGUGACCUUGGCAGAAUAAAGGGACAACAGGCCUGGAGCCAUUCCUGGACACCCCCACUCCUGGGCUAUAGCUCUUUCUGUCGCCCUCCUCAGCCCCGCUCUGCCUCACCCCCUCCGAAACCACAGACGGGAACCCCACGGCAAUUCGCUGGGACCGGAGUCCUGCUUCCGGCUCCCUCUGAGCUGCCCUGGACGUGUUCGGCUGGGACGGGUGUUGGAGCGCAGCCCACCUGACCCCAGAUCUGCACUUAGGGCAGCAGAAGCAAUGCAGGAAAGUGGGGAUGGUCCCUCUGGAACGACUCGGGUGCUUUCCGAGUCACUGCCCUGGCAGUGCUGCAGUGGGGGGAGCCUGCACUGCUGCGUCCGCUUGCUGUGGCGUGUCCAGUUCAUUUCUGUGCUGACCUCGCUUCUCGGCCCGCUCCACUCACACCCCCUCAC